UAUCAGCCACCAUGCACCAGCCAGUCCGAAAUCGGCGAGCGUAGAGCGUGGUGCGACACCGCACAGUUCACUGUGGACACGCGGUCUCUCUGGAACGUUUACGCGAACAGUGCACACACGUGAAACCGAUUGCAGAGGAAAUGCUUCAACCACGCUUCUUCGAACUGAUCUUUGCCCAAACUAAUAAACAUUACUGAUAGUGCCUUUGUAAACAUAGUCAUUCACUCUAUCGGGCACAGUUUAGAAACGCGUGCGGUGUCUUCUGUUUUCGAACUAAGAAAAAAACUAUGUAAAAUAUCGAUAACGGGGCCAGUAUCAAAGUAAUUUGUGCGGUUUUGAGCGGCGAGUCCAGUGAUAGCGGAGACGGGUACAGGUCCAGCAUGCGGCACCUAAAAACGCUCCCGAAUCUCGGCCUACUGUUCGUUUUUGUCGUGGUGAUCGUGGUGAAUGGUUUUGUGUCUGGUGAUGGUGACGGCACAAGGACAAAACGCUAUAACAAAUACACCGUUGAUGAGCUGCUCAACACCGUUUUUCCCUACAAUGUCUCCAAUGACAUCGAUAUGGAUCCCUGUAAAGCAGGAGGAUUCAUGGGUGAUAUAGCUUUGCCUGAUGUCCAAUACUCCAAACCAAAAGACAAGAACACUGAUCUACAAGAGGAGGUUGAAAAAUACAAGCAGGAGGUUCUAGAGGGUCUGCAGGUGGAAGAAGAGGGCCUAACGGAUUACUUUAGAAAAAAGACAAAACAAUCUCAUUCCGGAUUACACAUGGUAACUUCCAGAAGUCCCAAUGAUCCAAUCGAUGGACUGUCCACCAUUGUACCAUUGAACAAGAUUGAUAAUUUUAAGCAUCAAAAUGUCUUACAAUCACCUCAGUCAAAUGUGGCAAUAACUGUACCAGAAAGUGAGAUAAUGGAAGGAACAACUGAAGAAGUUAAAGUGAGACAUAAACAGAAUUUGGAAAAGAAAAGUUAUAACAGAAGAAAAAGGCAUCAGAGGAGGAACCGUCGACGCAGAGAAAAACACACAUCCGAAGAACAGGAGGUGCCAGUCCAUGACUUCGAGCCAAACUUUGAUCAAAAAAGGAAAAAAUCUCAAAUACCCGUCUUGAACCAGCCUCUCAACAGAAGAGUAACCAGAGCGGCCACCGCCAGAAAGGAACGUAUUUGGAACUACGGAGUUAUACCCUACGAAAUCGAUGGUAAUUUUAGUGGCCUUCACAAGGCGCUCUUUAAGCAAGCGAUGAGACACUGGGAAAAUUACACUUGUGUCAAAUUUGUGGAGAGGAACAGAGAUGAGCAUGUCGACUAUAUUACAUUCACGGAAAGACCCUGUGGUUGUUGUUCCUUUGUUGGGAAGAGAGGCAAUGGUGGACAAGCGAUUAGUAUAGGAAAAAACUGCGAUAAAUUCGGUAUAGUUGUACACGAAUUGGGUCACGUAGUGGGCUUCUGGCAUGAACACACAAGGCCUGACAGAGACAAACACGUGGAUAUUUUAAGAGAUAAUAUUAUGAAUGGACAGGAAUACAAUUUCAAUAAAUUGAGCGAGGAUGAAGUAAAUUCUUUGGGUUUGACCUACGAUUAUGAUUCCAUAAUGCAUUAUGCUCGAAAUACUUUUUCUAAAGGAACUUAUUUGGACACAAUUCAACCUGUCGAUGUUCCUGAUAGAAAACGGCCGGAAAUCGGUCAAAGAAUUCGUCUCAGUCAGGGCGACAUUGCACAAACAAAUCUACUUUACAAAUGUCCCAAGUGCGGGAGAACAUUCCAAACAAGCUCAGCUGUGUUUUCUCCGCCCAUUGACACCGACAAAGAUCCGCCACCGGAAGGAAUCCAUUGUGAAUGGCGUAUAACAGCUACACAUGGAGAAAAAAUCGUUCUUAACAUCACCGGCUUGGACAUAAAAAAAUCUCCAAAUUGUAAAACAGACUACAUUGAAAUUCGAGAUGGGUACUGGCACAAAUCUCCAAUAUUAGGAUUAUUCUGUGGAACGGGACAGUUUAAUCACAUUACUUCUACCGGCAGCAGAAUGUUGGUGACAUAUGUUUCAAAAAAUCCCAAAGGACACAAAGGCUUCACUGCCAGUUAUGAAGCUGUAUGUGGAGGUGACCUGUUUAUAGACUCCAAAGGUCAUUUGGAGUCACCAAAUUAUCCUGAAGAAUACCAUCCUAACGUAGAAUGCAUUUGGAGAAUAACUGUGCCGGAAUAUCAUCAAGUAGCUCUAAAGUUUCAAGCUUUUGAAGUUGAAAAUCACGAUAGCUGCGUUUACGAUUAUGUGGAAAUUCGUGACGGUCUUUCCUUGGAAAGUCCCAUUUUGAAAGUCCAUUGUGGAUAUAAAGUCCCCACAGACAUAAUUUCGUCGUCCAAUCAAUUGUUAGUCAAAUUUGUAUCUGAUGGGUCCGUCCAAAAGGGCGGAUUUUCCGCCCUCAUUAUGAAAGAAUUCGAUGAAUGCUCGUCCAUUGAUCAUGGCUGCGAACAAGAAUGUGUUAACACAUUGGGCAGUUACGAAUGUACUUGCCGAAUAGGAUACGAACUACACUCUGACGGAAAGAAAUGCGAAGAUGCCUGUGGAGGAGUCUUCAACCACACCAAUGGAACCAUCACUUCUCCCAGCUUCCCCGAAUUGUAUCCGUUAAAUAAAAAUUGCAUUUGGGAGAUUAGAUCUGCGCCUCAAUACCGCAUAACCUUGAAUUUCACUCACUUUGAUUUGGAAGGCAACAAUGCCCAGCCUCAACAAUGUGAUUACGACAGAGUGGAAGUUCAAAGUAAAUUGGCCGAUGGUAAAAUGAAGGUGCAUGGAUCAUACUGCGGUUCUCGCAUCCCCACAAUUAUUACAUCUGAGGGAAACGUUAUGAGGAUAAUAUUCAGUUCCGACAACAGCGUACAAAAGACUGGUUUCGCUGCUGUAUAUUUCACAGAUAUGGACGAAUGUGCGGCUGGCGACAAUGGAGGAUGCCAACAUGAGUGUCGUAACACUUUGGGUUCCUACCAAUGUGCGUGUCACAACGGCUACACUCUACACGAAAACGGACGCAGCUGUAAAGAAGGAGGUUGCAAACACGAAAUAAUCUCCCCGUUUGGUACAAUUGGAAGUCCCAAUUAUCCUGAGGAUUAUCCCGGACGAAAGGAUUGCGUGUGGCACUUCACCACGACCCCUGGUCACAGGAUCAGACUUGCGUUCCUGAAUUUUGAAGUGGAAUCACACCAGGAGUGUUCUUAUGACCACGUGGACUUCUACGAUGGUGGUUCCCCGGAGGAUAAUUCUCUGGGGCGGUUUUGUGGGGCUAAAGUGCCGCCAAUGAUUGUUUCGUCUGGGAACCAGCUGUAUAUGACUUUUAGGUCUGAUAAUUCUGUUCAAAGGAAAGGUUUUUGGGCGACUCAUGCAACAGUAUGUGGAGGAAAAUUGCAAGCCACUUUGGAAAAGAAACACAUAUACUCCCAUUCGAAAUUUGGAAGUGCAAAUUACGAAAACAAAGCGGAUUGCGAUUGGACGAUUGAGGCAAUAAAUGGUUUUAGUGUUCAACUUUCAUUCUUGACAUUCGAUUUAGAAGAUGAGAAAGAAUGCAAUUACGAUUUCGUCGAGAUAUUCAACGGGUUAGACUCUAGUGUGCUGUCUUAUGGAAAAUUCUGCGGCACUAAUAAACCGCAUGAUAUUACAUCGAGCCAAGAAGGAUUGCUUGUUCGUUUCCGUUCGGACGACACGUUGGUGAGCAAAGGUUUCAGCAUAGUUUACGAAGCCGUAGAGACAUUCACGGAAGAAGAAGAGGAAACGUACUGAGUAAUCCAUCUCGAAAUAACACGGAACUGAUACAUGUGAAAGUUUGACUUUUAAGUCACAGAUUAUCUUUUCAUUUUGAAAAUUAGCAAUAAGUCCCAUGAGGUUUGUAUGUUUUGGUGAAAACAUCUAUAGGGUAGUUCGCGAUGUUUAGACAUGUAGUAUUUAUUUAAAUAACUGUACUUAUUUGUGUAUUUAAUAAGGUAAUGUUUAUGUAAACAUUUUUGUUUAUACAGAUAAGAUUUAAAGGAAUCUCGAUUCUUAUACUGCAUUGAAUAACAAACGAAUAAAUUCGUAACCAAAUUUU